CAUUAUUUCAAAUAGGAGGUUGCACUAGGGUUAAGCUUUACAUUCCAUCCCGUCAAAAUUUAAUUUGUCCUUAUUUAUUUAUUUAAAAGUAAAUUAUUAUGUCGCAAUAUUAUUGCGAUCUACUUUCCGAGCUUUCAUCGCCUGUGGACCUGGCCAGAAACAUUCGGGAACGACUGCCAAAAAUUUUGCAAAUCCUUGAGAAUGAUGUUCAAAGUUCCUACUUUUUACAAGUGCUAACAACAAUUUUGGGCCCUGUCCUUCAUGAACUGGACAUUGCUGACUACGAAAGCCAUGUUCUACAACACGUUUUACCAGUUGUCAAAAAUAUUUUUGAAAACUGUGUUGAUGAAGUGAACUCAACCCUGGAGAACACAGAGUCAUACAAUGAAGAAGUAACUAUUACUUUAAGUAAAUUAUUGCAGGUUUGCUUGGAUGUUCUUCUUGGGUAUUGUGAACUUUUGGAUAAUAUUAUGUCUAUGCAAUCAGUAGACGCUGAAAAUGUGAUAAGUUUGCACAGAACGAUUUUACCGAUAUUACACAAAGCUUUCAACCAUUGUAAAAAUAGCGAAAACAUUUAUGGCUUGUAUUUUGCCAAUUCGACAACUAUUCUCACCGCUUUUUUCAAAAAAAGCUACGAGGUUAAGUCAAAAUAUUACAAGAUUUUAGAAGAUAAAAUUUACUUUCAAGCUACAUACGAAGACAGUUUAACUUUGUUAUUAGAAGUUUUAGAAUAUAUUUGUUCCAUUGCUGAAAUUGUAAUUGAACUUGAUGUCAAAUCAUCAGUAGAUUCAUGGCGACCUUUCGGUAAACUAGCUCAUAAGUAUGUUAAUAAUCUGAGAGAUAGGCUGUGUUUAAAAACACCAAUUUCUCUUAUGGGUGGGAAUAUAAAUCAGAUUGUAAUUCUCGUUUGUAAAUCAGAGGCCCCGUUGGACGACAAGGAUAGGACGAAGUACUUGAAAAUUGGAAGUUUCUUACUUAAAGUCAUCAUCAAACUGUGUGAAGCGUACAAGAACUAUUUGGCCGAUUGCGGAGAAACCCUACUACGCCUUCUUCUCGUACUAUACGGAGAAAGACACCUUUUCGUUGAGGUUAAAACUGGAGGAAAACGCAAUUUUAUUGAUUCAGUCAGAAGGUGGAUUACGGUGCGAUGCAGUUUCGUUGAAAGUUUAUUCAGUCUUAUACUGUAUAAGAGAAGUUUGAAAGGUACAAAAUUAGACCAGUCUGUCAUGAACGAUCUUCAAAGAUACAUGACCAUAGGAGCUUCGCCACUUAUAUGCCACUUGAUAGAAGACAGUGGUUUUUAUGAUGCUUUAGAAAAGCAGAGGACAGAUGUUGACAACCUGGACGAGAAAGAAUGCUUCAGCUUUUUCCUGGUAGUGCUCGUACUUAUGAAACAACUGAUCGUUAGCAAUCCAAAGAUAAAAUGUAUCUGGUCUAAUUGCCCUCUGGUUGAAACAGCAAUUCUUUUAUAUGGGAAAUGUGGUUUGGACAUUGAUAUAAAUACAAAAUUAGAAAAUGAACCGUUCUAUAGUAUAUUUAUUUCGACAGUUUCAGCCUAUAUAAUUUCCUCUUAUGAUCAGGCAAAGUAUUCAGAACUGGAAAUUAAUUUGGUUAAAAAAUUAUUCCAGCCUGAAAUUCAUGUUGCUUUGUUUGUAUCAGAUUUAUUUUGCUCGAUAUGCAGAUUAACGAAUAAUGCAUUAUGUUUCGAUAUUUUAUGCUAUUUUUGCAAUUUAUUAUGUUCAUGGCCAGUUAAUACAAAAUGUAGGCCGGAGUACACGAUUGUUGGUACGACAACCGCCAGGCUGUUUUCACUGCUUCCGAAGAAAUACCAACACUCUUUAAAAUCUGAAUAUCCUGUCAAGGAGAAUCUAAGCCUAUGGCGUUGGUUUGAAAAGACGAGCGAUGUGAUUCCAGAUAUUUCAAAUGAUUUUUUAACCAUUUUUAAUAGCAUAUGCGAUAUUAAAACGCUUACUGCUUAUAACAAUCUGGUUGACAUGAUGGAUAUUUACUUUAAGCAAGAUGAUUUUCUUGAAAUCGCCAACAGCAUGGAAAUAUUCGACGGUAUUAUGACUUGUCUCAAUUGCUGUUCGGUCAACUGCAGCCAGGAUAAUUUGACAUCAAAUUGGGCUGAUUAUUUAUUCAUUAGCUUACUGAAAUUCACUGGUAGUUUUAUGACAUCCUCAAAAACAGAAAUGUCAUUGUGUUCCAGCCGUACACUCGAGAUUUUCAACUUUCUUCAAAGAUUUGUUCAAAGCUAUAAUGCCAGUGCAAAAAUUGCUAUCGCACGAUUCCUUCAAAGUGUGACAAAACUGAGAAUCAGUCAGUGCAAGGAAGAGACGGCAAUUUUUGACGCCGUGUCCUCGCUGUUGGUACGGUUGCUCAACGACAAAGACUUAAUCGUAAAGCAGACAGCACUUCAAUCCUUUUCAUCUAUUGCAAGAUCACCCAACGAUCAGGUUGUCAAGACCGUUUCCAAAAUUGACAAUGCCGCUCAACAAAUGCUGCAUCGUUACAAUCAAAACGGUACAGAUCAACGGUACAAACCGUGUAAACUCGUCGGAACGGUUUAUCUUCAUAAGUGCAUCAAAAUGGAAGAGGAGAGUGAAAUCGACAGCCUGCUCGUCGGUCUUCCUCCAGCAAAAAAGCAAAGAAUAGACGAAAACGAUCUGUUAAUCUGUCAAGCUUUAGAAGAAAUAAAGAAAAACGUAAAAAUUAUUAAAGAAUUAUCUUCUCAACAAAGUUUAAGUGUAAGAACAAAAUUAUUACUAAAAGAAACAUUAAACGACUUGAAUAGCGUAAAUUCUGUUUUGUAAAUUUGUUUAAAUAUUAUGUUUCUUAAAGAUUAUUUAAAAAAUUUUAUUAAGAAAGAUAUUUUAAAAAAAUACAUGAGAUGUUCAGUAAAUAUGCAUAUUACAAUAUAUUCCUUAAAAGAUAAAAAUGCAAGGAAAUCUCGUUUAUAAAUAUUGAAAGUUUGUACAUUAAUUA